CAUCCCACUACUCUAACCACCAUAUCAACAAGACUCAACACUACCUUUUACAACAAACAAACCCACACCCACAAUGCCUGCCUACAACGUAACCCUCAAGUCCGGCGCUUCGCCCGAUGAGCUCGAAGCCGCAAAGAAGAAGGUCACCGACCAGGGAGGGAAGAUCAUAAACGAGUUCUCCCUCAUCAAGGGCUUUACUGCUGAGUUCCCCGCCGACAAAGUCAACGCCCUCGAGACGAACGAGCACAUUACCGUCGAGGCGGACGGCGAGGUCAAGACGCAGUAGAUGACGAUACCCCUCCACAUUUCACGAUUGCGGGUCGAAGGAAAGAAGCAAGAUACAUACAUGCAUGAAUAGAGUCACGAAGUAGAUAAUUCACGGCUUAAGCAUGGAGUAUAGGCAUGGAUACGACAAAUAGAACUAAUGCACGUGUUCUGAAAUGAUGGUUGUUCGUAUUGAUUGACGCUUCUCGUGAUAUCGGGUUUGUUAAAGCUAUGAUGUGUGUAUAUGUAUCUGACUGGAAUCUCGCGCCUGUAAAUGCCUUGAUGUAUGCAUAUAAAACG